AGCAGGCCUAAUACACAGUAAAGGUCAACCGUACCUGCCUAAGGCAUCGACUUCUAUCUAAAAUGUUAAAAAGUACUUCAGUACUUAGGUACCUUUCAUUUUGACCAGGUACUAAGGUACAUAGCCAUACCUUCUUGGGAAAAGUGAGAGGUUUGUUCCUGAGCUGCCAGGCUGCAUGUGGCUGAUCAGCAGAUCGACACCGACGUCACUUGAUAUUGGAGAUAGAACUUAUCGCUGCUUCCAACCUCAUCCGAGACCCGAAACGGCAAAUUCAACAUCACCCGAACACCGGCUCCGAUCACUACCGGUUUGCUGUUUCUGUACCAUCAGUCAGCCUAUACACUGAAUCUGUGAAUACAACCACAACCAGCCGGACUACAGCCACAAUGUUCCGUUUUCACAAACCCCUUGACAUUGUCACCCUCUUCCACAAGGCGCAGUCACCAGCUUCGACUCAAGUCGCAAAGCUUCUGAGGGAGGUCUCCGCCAGCGCAACAGCAGCAGCCAAUGCCACAGACACAGACACAGCAACAAGCGAUCAGGCACAACCCAAGCGCUUGAAUCGAGUGUUUGAGCUAGACAUCACAGAGACCGCGCCUACAACCGAUCAGCUCCAGACUAUCCUGGACUACGUGGGCCCUGAUCAAAUCUCCCAGGUCAUCAAGGGUGCGAAGACCAAAAAGGAUGCUUUAGAUUUGUACAGACAGAACGCUGCCAGCUUCUCGGCGCCAGUAAUUGUUGACUGGCACCAUGGAAGAGCUCUUGCCUCUGGCAAAACUUCCAAGAUACUCGAGAUGUUAGAGCAAGCACAGGCAGAUAAGGAGUAAUUCCCAAUCAUGUACACGUAGGUAGGGUGAUGUUGGUCACCCAUCAAUAUUAGUUGUGCAAAACAUGGACUACUGGUUCAUUGCUGCUCUGUAAGAAAGAAAGCAUAUCCACUCACGUUUAUUACGAUAUAUAUUGAUUAUCGACUUGUGAUCCAUGUCCUUUUCUAUUUGUCACCCUGGUUUGCCCAUGAAUGUAUUCCGGUUGGGUACUUGCCAGCCCGUCAGAAUUUCUGUAUUUAUUCUAAUCCUUUAAUGCGCAAACCUUGAAUUCUUAGCCGUCCCCAUAUGUGGAUAGAAUACCUGGUUAGGUGACGCAAAUACACUAUUAAAUGGCAUACCCAUCCUCGUGGGCAAGUUCGGGUGAAAGAUGGAAGGUAUUUGCUCAAAUUUAGGCAGGUACCUACCAAGAUCAUAACCAAUGAGGUCUCGUCAGGUCUGUGCCAGUUGCUGAUUACGAUAUAUGUCGUAUACCUGAGUACUCCGUAGGUAUAUUCAGAACUAAGUCACCGCCUAGUGGGCGGGAUUCCCACAAUUUAAAG